AUGAAAUGUAAAAAUUGUCAACUAAAUAAAUUAUCUAGAGAAUUUGCUAAUGAUAUUAUUAGUAGUAAAUGUCAACAUGUUCCAAAUUUUUGUUUGAAAUGUAUAGUAAAUCAUUUAGAUACUUCAAAAACAAACCAAUGCCCAGAGUGUAAAUCUUCUCUCAGUCAAAAAGAAGUUCAAAAUUUAAUAUUGACAUGGAAGAAAGCACCUUUUAAGAUUGACGUCGAAAUUGUCGCAACUUUGAAUCCACUUAAUGAUCCAUCGAAAAAUAAAGUCACUGCUGCUAGUGGGUACUUCUAUGAUUUUAAAAGUAAUAACAGUAGUGAGAGUACCUUGGCAGAAUAUAAAAUUGUUGAAGAUUGUCACAUACAGUUAAUAGUUUUACUUUAUUCAAUUACCAAAAAUCAAUCACUCAAGAGUUUGACAUUUGAUUUGCAAUGGGGAUAUCCUAAUGGCAAAAUAGAUUACUUGGAUGGAACUUGUCUUCUUUAUAAAGAUGACACAUUCUUUAGAAAAUAUGAUUAUCUUUCAAAGUUAUAUGAUGAUAUUCCAAGUAUGUAUCAUUCAGGUGAUAUAAUGGAUUCCACUAAUCAAAUAGGUCAUCAUUCUAUAAAAGCAAACUUGUCGGAUUUACCACCAUCUAUAACAAAAUUAUAUUUUAUAUUAUCAUCAUGGAAUUCUCCUGAUAUUGGAUGUUUUCCUAAUCCAAGCUUUAAAUUGUAUGAUACUGAAAGACCCGAAGAUCAACUUUGCAGCUAUAAACUAAAAUCUGCUGCCAAUUCAAAAGCUGUAAUAAUGUGUGCUGUUACUAGGAAUAAAUUUAAAAAUACUUGGGAUGUAUUUGAAAUUGUUGAAAAAACAAAUGAAUUACUGAAUGAAGUUGUGAUAUUGAAAAACGAUCUUGAAAUAAUGAUGAUUGAAGAUUCUUGGAUAAUUGAGGGUGCUGAUGUUAUUAGCAAUUUAAAAAAUUUUGUUAACUUAUAUGCUCCAAGAUACAUGGAUUAUGAUGAUCCCUUGUCCAGCUGCAUCUUGGAUAUACCAAAUGCACAUCCAUGGAUAUCAGAGCAUUUCCCUAAGGACAUAUGGAAACUUUUAUCUUUAAACGAGACCUCAAAGUAUUGCAAAGUUAAUUAUUCCAGAUUGAAAAAAGCAACAAUAAAAGAUUUGAAGAAUCACUUCUAUAAGUUAAGAAAUAUGAAAGAAUAUGGAAAAUUCAAAAAAUUAGAUUUCAAUGAAGGGACCUGGUCUCUUGACUCUAUUUGGUUGCCAUUAAGAGUUUCAGAUAAAAUAAACCAAAGUACCAAAGAAAGAAUAUUCAUUGAAGAAUGCAACAGUGGUCGUAAAGGAUGUAAGUCUGAUGUCACAUUCCUUGCAAGAAAACAUUAUAAUGACAAUGGUAAGAUGGUCCCAUUUGAACUUCUUAUUGGCGAAAUCAUUGGACAUCCAUGGUAUAAAGACAAAAAUAAACUUUUAAAUGACACUAGAAAGGCAUCUGCUGCAACUCAAAUUAUGGAUGAAUUAUAUUAA